UGUUCUCGGAAGAUAUAGCGGAGAUUGAUAUGUAUCUAUACUUUUUAUAUAUAACAAAUCGAACAAUGAAAUUGAUUCUUUUAACGAUGCUAUUAUUAUUCGAUCGUUACUUGGGAAGAACUUCAUCUUUUUCUUUGCUAAAAUAUAUUCUUUCUUCGAAUGGAAAUGAAUUGAAGAAAGUAAGAAGCGAAUCAGAACUUAAUGGCGAUGAUACUGUCUUAGAUUUCAUUGGAUUAGUUCAACGUCACGGAUACCCAGCCGAAGAGCACAAUGUUAUUACAGACGAUGGUUACAUUUUGACAAUCCAUAGAAUACCUAAUAGUCCUUUAUCAGAUAAAAAUGAAAAGAAGAGAGUAGUAUUUAUGCAACACGGUAUGACAGCGUCAUCCGAUUCAUGGGUACUACUUGAGCCUAAGAAAGAUCUCCCUAUUUUACUUGCUGAUAAUGGAUAUGACGUUUGGCUUGGAAAUUUCCGAGGAAAUACUUAUUGCAGAUCUCAUGUCAAUUUGACGACAGACAACCCAAAAUUUUGGGAAUUCAGCUACCACGAUAUUGGCUUACAUGAUACUCCUCAGUACAUCGACUAUGUUCUUAAUUAUACAGGAUCGAAAAAAUUAUUUUAUAUAGGACAUUCUAUGGGUACAUCGGUUUCCUACGUUAUGUUGUCCAUGAAACCGAGUUACAAUGAUAAAAUGAGAUUAGUUAUAAGCUUAGCACCAGUUUCUUACUUUAAACACAAAUUUCCACCAAUUUUGCAACGUAUUAUGAAAGACGUUCCAAAACUAAAGAGAAUAUUAGAAAAAGAAGGGAUUUAUGACAUCUUACCACAAUCAAAAAUGAUAAAAUUAUUAGGAACCAAACUCUGUAACGACAAAUCGAUUUUUCAAUCAAUAUGUGCAUCGAUAUUUUAUCUAGUUUCAGGACGUGAUACUGCACAAACAAAUGCCUCACUAUUACCAUACCUUAUGAGUUAUGUACCUGCUGGCGUAUCGACUCAAAGUCUAUUUCACUAUUAUCAAAAUUAUCUAACAGGUAAUUUCGAAGCUUAUGAUUAUGGGUACGAAGGUAAUCUUAUUCACUAUGAAAAAGCAAAACCUCCGAUUUAUGACGUAAAGAAAAUUGUUGCACCACUAGCAUUAUUUUAUGGAAUUAAUGACGUAUUGACGAAUGAGGAGGAUGCAACUGAACUGAGCAAAAGAUUACCUAAUCUUGUCACUUGCGAAGCUGUACCGUACGAGUGUUUUUCUCAUUUUGAUUUUGUUGUGGCGAAUGACGUGAAAACAUUAUUAUAUGAUCGUCUGUUAAAUUUAAUGAAAGAGUUUUAA